AUAGUACAAACUAAUCUCGAAAAUCAUAAUCGAAUUUAUUUCAAGGCGUACUCAAAAUUUGAAUUCACCAAUCUUAACUGCGAGACACUGAAUAAAUCUUAUGCCGAUUUUGAAUACUGCUAUCUUAAGUCCAUAAAUCGUACCUACAAAUAUUUAUCAAUUAAAGUAAACUUAUUGAAGAAGCCUAUAAGAAAAGUGAAGGUUCGAGCGGCUCUUUUUAAGCGAUUUAACGGAUGGAGGCCUUUCAUGUUCGAUAUGACAGUAGAUGCCUGUAAUUUCUUGAAAAAUACAAAGUCGAACUUAGCGGCAAAGUACUUUCUUGACUUCUUCAAGCCAUUUUCAAAUAUGAAUCAUUCGUGCCCAUUUGAUCACGACCUUAUAGUGGAUAAAAUGAAUAUAGCUCACAUAAACCACCAAUUCACUAACGUUUUACCAUUUCCCGAAGGAGACUAUUUUUUGGAAACUCAUUGGAUUGCUUACGAUAUCGAUCGAGCUGUAGUCAAAAUGUAUGGAACACUCUCAUAAUUAUGUAACAAAGAAAAAAAUAAAAGCUAGCUACAGCUCGGAAAAGUUUCAAGAAAGUUAUAAUGAACUAUCCCUAAUUUAUAUCUACAAAACCAAAUUUAUACUUAAGUAUGUUUAAAGUUUGGGUGGAAAAGUUCAGUAUCGAGUAGCAUAUAGUCCGGAAAUUCUCGUUUCAUAACUCAUACUAAUACAUCCUUAAAGGACCAUUCAACUAUAUCAGAUAUUUGGGAAAUAUAAUCCGAUCCGAUAUAAAAAUAUCAUACCAUACACAACUCCAUUCAAGUGCAAGGUGUAUCAACUUCAUCUGCACCGGAAGCUACAUUUCCUUUCUUUUUAUAUCUUCUGUUUUAUCAAAAUAGAUUUUCAUAAUGAUUUGAAAAUAAAUUGUUGCAAUGGAAUGUUCCAAUCAAAUCUGUAUUAAAAUUAUAUCAGUGUACCAAUUUUAUUUUACCUAAAAGGUCUAUAAAUGGCAAUUAUUUACAUAUAAAUGGUAAUUAUGCAUAUGAGCAAACACAAAUUUAGAGAUAAAACCAAACAAAGUUGGAAUAGACUCAUUUAUUUAAACAUGAGGGUGAGCCUGGUGUUGUUCUGGAUGGCGUUCUUGGUUCUAAAGGUAUUUGGUAAAAUUUCUUAAGUGGAUCAGAUGAAUUUAAUCAUUUAUUGUAGAUUUCUUGCAAAUUUGAGUUUACCAAUGUUAAGUGCACAUCUUCCGAUGAAAAAUUUGCAAGCAUCGAAUAUUGUUAUUUAAAGUCUGUGAGUCGGAGCUAUAAAUACCUCUCCGUAAAAGUGAAAUUU